AUUACGUUAUGCGUUAAUUACAUACCAUUGUGUUCCCGGUGGUAUUUCGUAAAAAAUCGGAAUUGUGCAAUAGUGGAUGUGAAAAAGUGGCCUUAUAAGAGUAAAGUUAAUAAUUGCUUGAAGAAUAAUAAACUAAUUUAAUCUAUGUGUUGUUUCUCUUUAUAAAAUUGAUCGACAAUUAUGUUUCUUGAUUGCGAGUGUUAUCUAUAUAUAAAUAAAAAUGGGAACUAAAUACAAAGAUUUUCUGCUAGUGUUAUUCACCAUCUGUGUUUCUUUAGGCAUCAGUAAUGGCUGUCAAAUGGAAGAUGUCAACAAUUGGUUUUUGUGGCAAAACGUUGAGAUACUAGAUAUAUUUGAGGGAGUUGUAGUUAGAAGAAGCACUUCCGAUAUUUUAGGGAUAGCAAGUGUAUCUUUUUCUCCGAACAUUGGACCAUAUAUGGAUGUCUCAUUAACGGAGUCCGCGUUUGUGAUCCAAACCAACGAAAGGUUUAAAACGUAUGAGGAAUAUGAGACUGCAAGAUCAAUUAAUAUUGCUACAACGUUCAACUGCGUUGGAGGCUCCACAAGAUCUUUGACGUUUUCAGUGGAAAUAAUCGACACAAACAAUAAUGACCCUAUAUUUAGACCGAACGAUACAUAUCAAUUCACAGUUACGCCACCGUUACCACCAGGAUAUGCAAUAACCAGCUUACUUAGUCCUCUUAUAGUGAGAGAUAUAGAUCUUACAACUCAACAGAUCGAUUUCGAAAUCUUCGACAAUUCGAAUUUUCUUAUAAAUUAUGAUGAAGUUUCUCCAGCGACACCUAAAGAAUUCAGAGCAUCUCUAAGAACAACAACGCUUAUCAGAAGUAUUCCAGAACCAAUAGAAUUCGUAAUAAGUGCUACGGAUGUUGAUCUAACUGGUGAUCCUCGACGUACCAGAAACGCCACAGUACGAAUCUUAAGCGACGGCUCAUUCGAAUUACCUGAAGAAUUAGUUUUUACGCAAAGUUUUUAUCUAGCAGAAUAUACAGAAAACAACGAAAUUCUUUUGCGAGAGCCAAUUUCACUGCAACAGGGCUUUCACGGAGAUGUGACAUUUUCAUUGAUAACAGGAGAGAAUUCGGAGUAUUUUGAAAUUGUUCCAAAUGGUAAUAACAUCACAUUACGUGUUAUUAAGUCAAUACCAGUUGAAUUGUUGACACUACGUAAGCUCUUCUUAGUUAUAAGAGCGGAUAGGCAGUAUACCAGCGGAACAAGUGCCACUGUAGUUGUACAGCUACCUGAGGAUGUGACACUACAGUUUGAAAAGUCCGUAUAUGAAGGAGCUAUUAUAGACAACGAAUUACAACUUUCUGACCUGGUUUUAUCUCAAGGCUAUGAAAAUCAAACUGUUUCCAUCCAAAUACAAAGUGAAUUCGCUUCAUUCUUCACUUAUAAAAUAUAUGAAAAUAAUAUAACGCUGUCGAUGUCAACACUUGAUGCGACCACAAUUAUUGAAAAUGCUUUUUUGAAUUUACAAAUUAUUGCUUCCACAAACCGUAGCGUAGCAUCAACUGUGAUAACGUUAGAAAUUAUAAAAAAUGACAAAACCACGCCAAUGUUUGAACAUACAACAUAUAUUGGUAAAUACGAUCCCGUCGAUGGUUUGACUUUAGAGAAAAUAGUUAUCGUUCAAGGCUAUGAUGACACUGUCGAAGUAAAGCUGGCUCAAUCUGAUCACGCACAGUACUUUAGUAUUGUUCCAAAUGGACCAUACUUUGAAUUGAUAGCAUCCAAUCUACCACCAGAAAUCUACUCUGAAGGUCCCCUACUACUAACAAUAGUAGCAUCAAAACCUAGGACCGUUGGCGCUAACGCUGCCAUCUCAAUAAUCUUACCAACAGCCACAAAUUUAAGUUUUUUACAGGAAAAUUAUAGAGGAAUUAUCCAAGAGAAUAAUUUGCGAAUCGAAACCAUUAAAAUGAGUAAAUACGUGACUAAUGUACUACUCGAUCUUACUGGAGACUAUGCAGACUUUUUCAAAGUAACAAGUGAAGAGGGUGAAAUCACAUUAGAGAUACAAGAUCAACUUCCAGAGAGUGCUGUAUUAGAAAACGAUUUUCUACUUCUUUCACUUUCUGCGACCGCAAUGAAUGCUAAUAAUGCAACCACUACUAUAUUACUGGAGAUUAUAAAAGAGGAUACGACUACACCUGUAUUCAACGAUAAAAUAUAUUCUGUCAUUUAUUCAAAUUCAACAAAUUACGAUGUUUCAAGAAUUUUCUUAACACAAGGUUACGACGAGACCGUUUCAUUCCAUAUCACCGGUGAACAUUCUGAAUACUUUACGAUAAGGCCAUCAGGAAAUGAUGUUGAAUUAACAAUAUCAAAAACAAUCCCAGAAGAACUUAUUUUUAAGGAAAAAGUUUUAGUAUUUAAUAUUGUAGCUGAAAAACCACUUACUGUUGGCGCCAGGGCUGCUAUUACUGUACAUUUUCCACUUGAAUUGACCGAACCCAUAGCGUUAGCUUUUUCAAAAACGUUUUACACUGGUUCGUUAGAAGAUACUGUUUUGAGAAUAGAAGAUAUUGAACUCAGCGUAGGUUUCACAACCAAUACCAUAUUCACAAUUAAUGGAGAGUACAAAAAUUACUUUCAAGCCUACCAUGACGAAAACUUCGUAAAGAUCUCACAAAUCAAUACUCUACCUCCUGAGAUUAUUGAUUAUAAGUAUAUUGCACUUGAAUUAGAAGCUCAAAGAGAAAGAGCUGUUCCAGUAUCAGCAAUAAUAAUUAUAGAUAUUGUACAACCUGAACCUAUUGUACCACCAGUAUUUAGUGAACCAUUCUAUAGAGCAGUAUAUACCGAAGAAACAGGUCUUGAUUUUAAAGAAAACAUAUCCUUAUCACAGGGUUUUGAUGAUACUGUUAUCUUUGAACUGGAAGGAGAAUACAAGGAUUGGUUUGAGGUAACCAAUGAUAAAAAUUUGGUAAUAAUUUCUGUUAAUGACAUACCAGAAAACAUCUUGGAUACAAAUCAUCAUUUGGUGUUUUCUGUGAUUGCUCGUAAAGUUGGUGUAAAUAACGUUAUUGAUGGUCGUGCUGCUAUAGUUAUAGAUUUACCUAAAGAAUCACCAGAACUGGUGUUACUACGCUUCACUCAACCAAGCUAUGUUGGUUCCAUUCAAAAUAAUAUACUCAAUUUGCCACCAGUAACUCUAGCAGGGAUAUAUGAUAUGGCAAUUGCAUUAAACACGACAGGCGAAUACUCAUCAUACUUUAAACUUACGUUGGAAUCAAAUGUCGUCAAUGUUGAAUUGAUUUCUGAUCUACCAUCAGAAAUUAUUGAUACCAUCAUAACAAUCACUAUAGAAGCUUCCUAUCCAGGAGCUGUAUCUGGAUUUACCACUUUAGUUAUUGCACUAGAAAAAGAACCUGAAAUACAAUUCACAACACCUGUAUUUGAGCGAGCUUAUUACUUUGGCGAAUAUUUACAUCGCGAUCAAUUAGUGUUUGAGAAUACAAUACAGUUAAUUCAGGGCUUUGACAAUACUGUUUCAUUUACACUAGAAGGUGACGAUUCAAAAUACUUCAAAUUGAUUUUUAACAGCCAAAACAAUAUCACCUUAUCUGUCACGGAUGAUUCUAUUGAUGAAGUAAAUGAUCGAACUCAUUUGUUAUUCUCUAUAAUAGCAAAAAAUAUGGGAACUGUUAAUGGAAAAGCAGCUAUUGUAAUAACGCUUCCAGAUAUAAACACAGGCAGAGUACUCAGCUUUGAGCGAAAUUAUUAUGUGGGAUUGUUAAACGGUACUAAUGUCAAUCUGCCUCAGAUAGUGCUCAACGAGGGAUUCUCGUCGGACGUUCGAUUCUCAUUAGUAGGCGAGCUCGCACCCUUCUUCAUACUGCAAGACAACCUCGCUACCCUUACAAUAUCCCUGGCGAAUGCCAUCCCUGAAGAUUCGAUACCUGCCAACGGCAUUAUAAUAAUUCAGGUAGAAGCGACAGCACCGCAAGUCCUACCAGCGUACACCUCAAUUAUCUUGGAAGUGACGAUGCGUAAAGAAGACCUACCGACAGCUAUCGAAUUUGAAGAAACGCACUAUGUCGGAAACUUCUCUACGACCGAAGGCCUUAUAUUCGACAGAAUCAUAACUCUAGCAGAGGGCUACGAUGAAAGCGUUGAAUUCGAUCUCGAAGGAGGUUUGCUAGCUACAAUAUUUUAAUCUCUCUCAAUUCUAAAUAAAUUAUACGGCA